AUGGAGGUAGAUGUAGAUCACUCGGCGAUUGGUGAUAAUAUUUUCAACUAUUUAAAGCAAUUGGAUGAACGUGUGUGGCAUCGUCUAUUUUUAAGCAGGGCCUGCCUUCGGGCGAUUUUCAGGAGCCUAGGGGAGCUGGAACAGCUGAUAAUCUUUCGUCUCUUGUAUAUUCAGCAGGCUGUGAGUGAACGUGCCCUUAAACUAUGGAUGAGCUCCGACGCAAUCGGAGAAUUGCGCCAGUCUCUAUCAGUUUUGCAGUCCUACAAGAUCCUCUACAUCUCGGAGACUUCAAAGGACGGAAAACAGCAGUUAAAACUGAAUUCAGACUUUAGAGAUGGUUUUAUCGCACUUUUAUCAAACACACCAAUCACCUAUGACAACGAACUCACGUUUUUGGGUCGCUUUCAGGGAACUUUUGGCGAAGAUACACAAAAUUUAAAGCCAGAGGAGGUCAAGAAGGAGAACAUAUCCGACAGUUUCACCCCAAAGAACGUAAACAAGAAGGAAUUAGAAACGGACACUAUGGGAGCGUCAGACAAGUCAAUGGACGUUGGCAACACUUUGGCAUCUGGCUCAGACUUUAUGGAUAACUUGAACGAUUCACGUGAUUUAGUAGAGAGUGGAGACGUUGACAUGGAGAACGCAAACAAGAGUUUGGAUUAUACACAGAAUCAAGUGUCCGUGGAUACCCCUAACGAUUCUUCGCCCAGAAAUCCUGGUGAAUCAGUCAAGAUAUCCAAUUUGACUAGUCAUGCCAAGAAUAAACUCAAGAUUUUGGUAGAGUUUCUCGUCACAAAAAAGGCUAUAAGAAAGGCUUGUCAUAUUUACGAACUUACCGAGAAUUUGAAAAAGCUAAAGAAGGAAAAUCCACAAGGAGAAAAUGUCCAAAUUCUCGAAAAAAGGAUACGCAAGCUGAAUAAAAAGUCAAAGGUUGUAAGCCAGGAUCUCUUUCAGAUAUUUGAGAGGUUCGGAAUGACAAGGUAUGUGAAGCCGAAUGAAAAAUCUGGAGAGGUUAGAUAUAGUAAUAGUACCCCUUUAAACCGCCAAACUCUGAGUUGGUUGCUAAAGGACGUCAAGAGUCAGCUGAUUUCCCUUAUAGUUGGCUAUUUGCAAAACUUGGAGAAUGGACUACUCUCACAUUUAACGUCUUCUCUUGAUAAAGAUGGGCAGGAGGAUAAAUCUUCCAUCGAGUGCAUAGAUGCCGCACUGGAAUCUGUCACAGAUUCUCUUCUUUUAUUGUUGUCUCUCUCCCAGGCACGUCCUGGCGACUCCUUUUCGACAAAAUCACUCACAAAAUCGCAAUUUAGAAUACUGAGACUACUUUAUGAGCUUGGAAUUGUCUAUUACAAGAGUAUAAAGGGACCAUUUUAUGUUUUGGACCUUUCUUUUAUAGUUGGCCCUAAAAAUCUGGUACCUUCAAAUUCACCCCUUAGCGUGCACACGAGCAUCUCAUUUACAUCGGAAUACCUUCCAUCAAAGAUUAUUGUCCAGAGUAACUUCAAAGUUUACGUUUAUACUGUCAACAAUUUGCAAUUUGACAUUUUGAACAUUCUCUGUGAAGUGCAGGCCAGGACACCAAAUAUGGUUGUUGGCGUGCUAACUCGGGAAUCAGCUCAACGAGCGUUUAAAUCUGGAAUUACAUCGCAUGAGAUUAUUAGAUUUUUUUCAUCCACAAAUACAAGCACCUUUCCUGAAAAUGUUAUACGACAGCUUAGAAUGUGGGAAGCCGAAAGGAAUAGGGUUGAACUUUCGCCAGCCAUUUUAAUAAAAAGAUGGGACAGAGAGUUCCUCCCGGACCUGUUCCAGAGGACCGUAAGAUGGGCUCAAAGCAAGCGAUAUGAGCUUUUCCAUACAAAAUGGCCCCAAGAUCCGCACUCUGAAGAGUAUCAGGAAUGGCUAAAGGGAGAAAUGUACCUUGCAUGCAAAUCGGAGGCUAAGGAAGAAGUUAUAGAAAAGAUUAGGCAAAUCAGGAAUGCAAUCGAAAAUGCACGUUCAAGGGUUACUUGA